GCGUGAGAGAAUUUUGGAUUUUGCAUUUCCCUCUUCUCUUUAAACAAACGUUUCCCCCCAAUUCAUUUAUACGGCCAAAAAAAUUGCCCGCCAAUUUUUUUUAAUCUGUUCUUCUCUUAUCUGGGUCUAAGAUAUAAGGUUCCUUGGUGGAACAGGUUUCCUCAACGAGUUGAGUAAUUGUUAGAUAAUUUUAUUGAACUGGGUGGGUUUAUUUUUAUAUUCCAGGCAGAGGCAGGAUUCAAAGUUCAUUUUUUAACUGACUGGGUGGUAGUUUAAUGGCGUCUCCUGCAAUAAAACCAGGGGCAUUGGUUACUUUACCAGAGCUUCGACCAUCUUCCGAGUUUUUCAAGGAAGGAGCCUCACUAAGGGUAACCGGAAAGCUGCAAGAGUACUCUGUGGAGACGGCCAUAGCUGUUAUUGCUGAUGACAGUGCCACCCUAAAGGUAGAUACCCAGCACUUGAGGGAACUUAGCUUCCGAGUUGGCUCCAUCUUCCAAUUCAUUGGUGAACUCCAUAUUCAACCCAACAGUGAGGCAAUCUUGCAGGCACGUGCUGGUAGGAAUGUUGAUGGUAUUGACCUCAAUCUCUAUCAUCAGGCUUUGCAGCUAGUAAGGCAGUUCCAAGCUGAGCGCGUGAACAGUGCAACUACUUAAUGAAGUUUGAGAUCUCAACAGACUUGCUAAUGAUUUUCAAGGUACUAAAGUAAACCACUAGAACUUAUAUCUGUCAAAAAUAUGGAGAGAAAUUUUCAUUUUUCUGUUUUUCUUAACUGUUAUGCUAUUGAAUUGAAAACAAAGUAUUUCAUCCAAAUUUAUGCUUAGCCUUGCUGUAGCUUUAAUGUUCAAGGCCUUAUAUAUUAAAACUCUUAAGCCA